AUGAUGCCCAUAGUCAAGGCCCUCAACGGAACAGCUGAACAACACACCCAGCGGGAAUGGGCGAAGGAGAUAAACACCCUCCAGAAUGCGUUGUCAAAAUUGACAGUGAUGUUUUAUCGCCUCACUCAGGGUAACUGGCAGGACCGACUGGCCCAGUGGACGAAGCAAGACACCAAAGAUGUUGGGGAUGCUCUCGAUAAGUUGAUGACGGAGCUGGGAAACUACGCAUCUGUGCUUUACAGCAAGGCACCCUCGCGAAGCAAUUGGCCUGAUAGCGUUGGGGCUUCUAUUGCCAGUGCAAUGGACGGGUUCACAGAGGAGAUCAUGGAUUUACGCGACCACUUUCCAUGGGAAUUAUUCGGCGAUGAGACGGUGGCAGUCGACGAGGUCAAUGAAGACCGUAGCGCAGAAGAGGUCCUGGAGGAUUUUGCAGAUUCUUCAGCACUCAUGGCGAAGUUGUUUCCAAACAACCCGCUGCUUCAAAAAUGCUCAUCGCUUAUUUUGACCGCGACUCUCUGCACGCAGGCAUGGUGUCCCCCUUCUCCUCCUGCGGAGGAGGAGCAGCAGGAACAAGAGGUUGACCCCUGGGAUACAUUGAAGUCAAUGACCAGUCCGCGCAUGAUUGCCUUUUUCGCCACUAUGGGUACAAGUGAGGCUGUAGCCAUGGCUUUUGGGAAGGGUUGCUAUGUGGGAGAAUGGAUGGACAAAACUGGACGAAACCCCGAUGAUUCGGACUUUUGGAUGCACUGGUGA